UGACGGACGCCCAAGCCGGGUGUAGAACUCCCUGAUCGAAUGUGGGACCGGCUGACUGGGAUGCAGCCUGAGCGGCUGGCGUUGUUUGACAGCGGUCACCCUUCUGGGUUUGUGGCUAUGUCCCCCAGCACCUUCUGUGUGCUGAAGUCCGGCGGGAGGCUGUGGAGUCAACGGACUGGUUGUUCACCACGUGUUUGCGGUGUGCCGGGCCUGUACUGGACGUUUGUCAUGGAUCGCCUUGGGUGACCUCACAGCAACCCUCUGAGACCCAGUUCCAACACUCCAGCCAUCCUGUGCCUCACUUUUGUACUGCUCCUUGAUGGCCAUCCCCAAGAGCCCUCUGAGCCCAGUGCCCUGGGAACGGGAUGGCUUUCUACGCGUGAAGGUGGAGGAUGAGGAGGCCAGCCUUUCUGAGAUCCAGGAAUCUAGCUCUGGCCACACUGCCCACCCUGAGGCUGCACGUCUUCGUUUCCGGCGCUUCUGCUACCAGGAGGCUUCCAACCCACAUGAGGCCCUGGCCCGGCUCCGGGAGCUGUGCCGCCAGUGGCUGCGGCCCGAGGCGCACUCCAAGGAGCAGAUGCUGGAGCUGCUGGUGCUGGAGCAGUUCCUGGGUGCACUGCCCCCCCAAAUCCAGUCUUGGGUGGGUGCCCAGUUCCCCAAGAGUGGUGAGGAGGCGGCCAUGCUGGUGGAAGGUCUGACUCGGGCACUCGACCAGAGAGGAUGGGACCCGGGAGCCAAGCUGUCAGAGGCAAGCUGCAAGCAGAGUGAUUUGAAAGAGUCAGAGCCAUUAGACAGGGCUACUGAAACCCUCAUGAGAGGUAUUUCCCAGGGACCCACUUUUGGUGGUGCUUGUGAACCUGAGGGCAGCUCAGAGAGGCAGGCAGGACUCUCGGAGGAACCCUGGACAAAGUCUGUCCCCCAAGAGAUGGAUUUCAGGAAAACUUCAGAGCCUCACAAGGAUGUUCCCACCGACCAGCCCAGCUGUGAAUUUGGUGUCUUGGGGAAUAGUCCCAACGUGUGGCCAAAUUUCACCUCACAAGAGAAGACACCAGAAGAGAAAUUUGAUCCAGUGGAUGAUGAUAGGACAGAGCCUCCAUGCAUUUACUCAGGGAGGAAGUCUUCCAAGUGUAGUGAAUGUGGGAAAACAUUCCAGAGCCCCUCAGCCCUCGAGACACACCAGAAGAGCCAUUCUCGGAAGACACCCUACACCUGUAGUGAGUGUGGGAAAGCCUUCAGCCGGAGCACUCACUUGGCCCAGCAUCAAGUCAUCCAUACGGGGGCAAAGCCCCAUGAGUGUAAAGAGUGUGGGAAGGCCUUCAGCCGGGUCACCCACCUAACUCAGCACCAGAGGAUCCACACUGGAGAAAAACCCUACAAGUGCGGGGAAUGUGGCAAAACAUUCAGUCGCAGUACCCAUCUCACUCAACACCAGCGGGUGCACACAGGGGAGAGGCCCUAUGAGUGUGAUGAGUGUGGGAAGGCCUUCAGCCAGAGCACCCACCUGACUCAGCACCAGCGCAUCCACACUGGGGAGAAGCCCUACAAGUGUGAUGCUUGUGGGAGAGCCUUCAGUGACUGCUCAGCUCUAAUCCGCCACCUGAGAAUCCACUCCGGAGAGAAGCCAUAUCAAUGUAAGAUUUGUCCGAAGGCCUUUGCACAGAGCUCCUCCCUCAUUGAGCACCAGAGGAUCCACACAGGAGAGAAGCCAUACAAGUGCAGUGACUGUGGGAAGGCCUUUAGCCGCAGCUCAGCCCUCAUGGUUCACCUGAGGAUCCACAUUACAGUACUGCAGUAACCAAAGAAAGCCCUUGGGACACAGAACAACUUCCCCUCAGAGGCUCAACAUCUAAGAGAAACUCUAAGUUCCAAAAGA